AUGGCCCAGUACGACGGCAAACAGAUUCUGACACUGGUGCGGGACAAUGCUAGUCCCUUCAAAGACGUCUGGAACAUCCAGUUGCUCAUCGAUGAGAUUGAAGAGAAGCUCCAAGUUGAAGUAACAGAUAUCCCGACUAUCGAUAAAGGCUCCAACAAUUAUGUUCGUGACGGACCGGACUUGGUAGUUCGUCUAUCUCGCGGCGACGUCAACAUGCCGGAUUUCGAUGGCUUUGUCGUCGAGCGGCAGAUCGCUGAAGUUGAAUUCGAAGCAGCCACAUAUGAUCUGUUACGGAACGAAGCAGAAGUCCGCGCGUCUCACCUGCUCUAUCACCGCGCACCGGUUCUCAAGCCGGGUCCUAAAGUCCAGAUACCAGCAGAUCUCUCGGGUCGACGCCUCUUUGUGUUCGAACGAUCAGACGGCACAAACAAUGUGUGGAAAGGGCUCGAUGCUGAGGCAAAGACCGUUCUCCUUGAUCAGCUCGCACGCAUGCGUGCCGCCCUCUUCAACUAUUGCCCACCCUCUGGUUUUGCAGUCAAGUACCUGCAUAGCCGUAUCUUUGACUUCAAACCAGAUGCUUUCAGACUACCCGUAGCGCCUACUCGCGAAUUCUGGAUACACGUAAUACAGUCAAAGAUUGAAGCAACAAUCAAGAACGGAGGUGACAUGAUUGGAUGGGAAGAUGAUGAAGAAACCGUGGGACCUGUCGCACUGGCAGCGAAGCAGUCUCUCCUCAGAGCGAUACCACAUCUACUGCCGCAAGAGAACUCCGACAUCUUGUACAGGCUAGUGCUUGAGCACGGUGACUUUGGGAUACACAACACUUCGAUCAUCACAGACGACAUCUGUAUGCCCGAAGUCACGUCGCUAUAUGACUGGGAGACAGCAUGCAUCGUUCCAGCUCUACUAGCUGACCCACUCGUCGCGGCUGGUCCUGUGGAUCUAAUUACAAACGAGCGUGCUGAGCCGGCUGUCACUAGCAUACCUGGAUCAUCGACGGCUGCGGAACUAGAAGCAUAUGCCACCUGGUCGCGACAUUACAUCAAGGUUCGUCUGUACCGAAUCCUGCUUACCAUGAUGGAGUUGUACACGCAUGCGCCAGAUUUCGAAUUCGCGAUCAAAGCGGGAAAAGAUGUGCGCUAUCUGUGGUUUGCGUUGCGCGACUGGCAUGGUGGUGAAUCUGAACAGUUCUUCGGCGACCUUGGAGCUUGGGCAGAGGCACGAUUGAAGGAUAUGGGCAUCCCGUGA